GCAUGUUACCUCAGCGCGUUGGUGCUCAUUCAUGAAUCUGUCACACCCAUUACCACAUGUAUUUGGACCAACAUGUGCUGACGCGUGUUUUUCUAUAGCGGUGUGGUUGACAUGCUACUGCGUGGCCAUGACCCCUUGCCACGCACAGGGCUAAACAACACGCGCAACAUUUUGUCCGCGAGGUUUGUGUGAUGCGACCUGUGUGAUAUGCAAAUUUUGGGUCAAGUUGUUGGUGCCCAUUUGAAAAACAAAGGAGCUGCCAGCAGUCUCAAGUGCAAUGGCAACGCCGCCUUUAUUGAAAUUGGCUUUGGCAUACAUUUUCGGACUGGACACCAGCCUCGCCUUGCAAAACCAUCCGUUGAUCAUUGUUCCAGGCCUCACUGGAAGUGGUAUAGAAGUAGAAGAGCAUGGCGCGUCCAUGCCACAUUUGUUCUGCAGAAAAAAGGCUGAUGAUUGGAUGAAAGUGUGGGUCAGUCCAGUGCAAGUGCUGCCAGAAGAGAUUGAUUGCCUGAUAGCUCGGUUGACCCUAACCUAUGACCCGAUGUCUGACACAUAUGCGAAUUUGCCAGAUUUGGAACUCCGAGCCUUGGGCUGGGCCAAUGGAACUUCAGAACGCGAGAAGACAUGGGACGUGCUCUACGAAUAUCAAUUUCGCUCCAUGCUCAAGACACUCCACGCAGCAAAAGGGUAUGAACUUGGCAAAGAUGUUUUCAUUGCCCCAUAUGAUUGGCGCUUGGCCGGUGAUGGACAUGAACAGCGUCGGAACGGAGUGGGUGGUUAUUACCCGCACCUGCAAGCCUUGAUUGAGCAGGCGGUCCAGGCCAAUGGCCAGCCAGCAGUGGUGCUCUCUCACUCGUUGGGAUGUCCUACGAUCCUAUACUUUUUUCACAAGUACGUCUCCGACCAGUGGAAAGCACAGUAUAUCCAUGGGUGGGUUGCCUUGUCAUCGCCGUGGAUGGGAGGCACGACCUUGGUGCAAUCCUACCUAGGAGGAUGGACGCUGGGCCUGCCAACCUGGCUAGUCCCACACGACUAUGUCAGGCGUGUUCAAGUCAACGCCAGUAGUGGUGUUUGGAUGAGCCCUCAUCCCAAAGCGUUCGGAGAUAAUCCCAUUGUCAUUACCCCUUCGCGUAACUACACUGCGGCGGAUGUCCCUGAGCUGGUCCGUACAAUUGGCAAAUCAACCUGGGGGAAUCAGACUGGUGCCUUGUUCGACAAGUUGCAAGGGCCAUAUGGAGAACUCCAAAGUGCGCCGGUCAACAUUCAACUGCACAACUGGUACUCCACUGGCAUUAAAACAGGUGAAAGCUUCUUUUUUGACACUGACCUCUUCGAUGGUUUCGACAAGGCAGACCAGAAGACGGUUUGGGGUGACGGGGAUGGUUUGGUCAACCUGGUGUCCCUGAAACAAGUCGAGGAGGUUUGGCCCAAGACAGACAGUGUUUCAACAAAAGUCUUCCCAAACUGCACGCAUUUUGGGAUCCUGUCUGACCAGCGAGUUAUCUCCGCACUUGCGGAGUAUUUGGGAGCUCCAAAGGCGAUGAAUUCCACGGCACUCUUUGUUUAAGGCAGACGUGUAUGAUGUUGGCGUGCUUUGGUUUCACCACCUCUUGCGAUGCAAGUUUUCCACGGGGCAUGGCAAGUCUGCACCUUAAGGGGUUUGGACGCAGUGCCCUGUGCAGCAAGCGGCCUUUUGGUAGAGGAGAGUGCAGUGGGCUUCUCUUCGCUACCGUGCGCAGCACAGGCAUUUGGUCUAAA